UGAUGGAUAAAAAUAAUGGACUUGUCUUAUCUAUACUCUGUCUUAUACCUGUCUUCUGAUUUAAAGGUUCUGACCAAACUUCUAUAUAUUAAAUUUCUGAGGACUUUGGUGGUGGCAGCAUACCAUAAUGUCUAAGUCUGAAUAUGUUGUUGAGCUUCCUAUUUUAGACAUUUCUCAGCCAUUACACCCUUCUUCUCUAACCUCUCUCUCUAAAGCCUGCAAAGAUUGGGGAUUUUUCCACAUAAUCAAUCAUGGGAUCUCCAAAGAUCUUUGCAGCCAGAUCCAUUAUUUAUCUAAAUACCUCUUCAGCCUCCCUUCUGAGGCAAAACUUAAACUUGGUCCUUUCUCCUCUAUAAAGUCCUACACCCCUCACUUCAUUGCCUCUCCAUUCUUUGAGAGCCUCAGAAUCAAUGGACCAAACUUCUAUGUUUCUGCUAAGAGCUCUGAAGAAAUCCUCUUUGACAAACACAACUCCAGAUUCAGUGAGACACUGCAAGAGUAUUGCAGUAAGAUGGCUGAUUUGUCAGAGAAAAUUCUGAAGCUUGUGUUGAUGAGCUUGGAGGAUGGGUUUGACACCCUCUUCUAUGAUUCUGAAUUCAACAAGUGUCAUGGUUACUUGAGGAUAAACAACUACUCUGCUCCAGAAAGAUUGGAGGAGGAUCAAGUUGAGGGGCUUGGAAUGCACACUGAUAUGAGUUGCAUCACAAUCUUGUACCAAGAUGAAAUAGGAGGGCUUCAGGUGAAGUCACAUGAAGGAAAGUGGAUAGACAUAAACCCUUCUGAAGGGACCCUAGUGGUGAACAUAGGAGACAUGAUGCAAGCAUGGAGCAAUGAUAAACUAAGAUCUUCUGAACAUAGAGUUGUUUUGAAGCAACCUUUGAACAGGUUUUCAUUGGCUUUCUUCUGGUGCUUUGAGGAUGAGAAGGUUGUGAUGGCACCAGAUGAAGUUAUUGGAGAAGGAAAAAAAAGGGUGUAUAAUCCAUUUGUGUGCUCAGAAUACUUGAAAUUCAGAGAGAACAAUCAGAGAGGAAGAUUUGAAAAGGUGGGGUAUACAGUUAAGGAUUUUGCAGGAAUCAGGUCUCAACUGUGAAGUAAAAAUUUGGAUUUUCUUUGUUAUUUAUCAGCUGUAUCUUUAAAAUACACUGAUAGACACUUAUUUUGAUGUAUUUUUAAAAUAUCAACAUUAGUGUAUUUUAGAUACUCAGCAAAAAACAACACCAAAGAACCGGUAUGAAUCUGGACUCGUAAAAAUGGUUAUAAAAGUUGAAAAUGAGUUCAUCAGAGAGAGCAAUUUGUGCUUGCUGUGACUUGUUCCAAUAGUGAUGGUGCUCUUGGUAUAUAAAAUAAAUAGACAGAAAAACUUUGCUGGUCUU